CAAACUUCUUAUUUUCUUCCUCUAGAGCUCAACGCUGCUACGGCUCUGCGGUACCGCUAGCAAAGCUGUACGUUGUCGUCACGCUGACCUAAGGACCAGACGACGGCAGCUGCAUUUAACAAAGCUAAAAAAAGGGAGAGGACAACAACAAAAAGAGUUGCGGGUCAUGGGCACCUGCAAUUGCUGUUGCUGCAGAACAACGACCUGAACCGAAAACAACAACAAAGUCAUGCCUUCACCGCGAAAUCAACAACCAACCCGCGAGUUUCACAUAGUGGUCCUGGGUGCUGGCGGUGUGGGGAAAAGCUGCCUAACGGCACAAUUUGUGCACAAUGAGUGGAUUGAGAGCUAUGACCCCACAAUAGAGGACUCGUAUAGGACACAAGUCGCUGUCGAUGGACGGCAAGUCAUGCUAGAGAUCCUCGACACCGCCGGCACAGAACAGUUCGUUGCUAUGCGUGACCUCUAUAUGAAGACGGGUCAAGGGUUUCUCCUAGUUUUCAGCAUUACGUCACAGUCAUCCCUCGCAGAGCUAGCACAACUGCGGGAAGAGAUUAUUAGGAUAAAAGACGACGAAAAUGUGCCCAUCGUCAUAUGCGGUAACAAGGCUGAUCUGGAGGAGCAGCGAGCCGUCCCCCGAACCAAGGCCUUUGCCAUUUCACAGAGGUGGGGAGCGCCUUAUUACGAGGCGAGCGCAAGGACAAGGACAAACGUGGACGAGGUCUUUGUUGAUCUCUGUCGGCAAAUGCUUCGCCGGGACCAAUCCUCACCACACGAUUCAUUCCAAGAUGGUGACGAGCGUACCGAUGGAUCCGGUGGCUUUGGCUCCAAAAAAACAGCAAAGAAACACGGAAGGCGCACGCGAUGUGUCAUACUGUGACACAUCUUUGUUUGCGGCUUGAUCUGGUUUUAUGCGUUUUCUCUAUCGAAACUUUUUUUUUUCGACGAGAUUUCCGAGCCAUUCUACCUACCUCCCUACUUUAGUUAUGUUGCUUUUUAUAUCUGUUUCUCCAAAGAAAAAGGCGAGAUUGCAGAACGAGGAGAGCGCAAGCUCCAGAAUUGUUUCUUCAUUUUUAUAUAUAUUCCCCCCAAUCUGGUUUUUUUUUUUUCUUUUCUCUUUGGUUGGCUUUGGCAUCUGUUUGGCAUCUUGGAUCUUAGGGGGGUUUUUGGAAAUGGG